AGUUUCACUCCCUCGAAAUUGCAACAAAGAGAAACAGAGAGGAGCGCUCUCCCAAAGGGCUUUCCAUUACCCAAGAGAAACCCAGAGCAACAAAUUUGAGUCUUGAAAUUUGAGAGUAACUUGUUGGGUGCAAAGAGCUUAAUUUUCCAGUCUUCUAUGGCUCUCAAUCUUCGCCAGAAACAGACAGAAUGUAUAAUCCGAAUGCUGAAUUUGAAUCAACCUGUGAAUCCCUCUGGAACUGCUAAUGAGGAGGUUUACAAGAUCUUGAUUUAUGACAGAUUUUGUCAAAAUAUACUGUCCCCAUUGAUCCAUGUCAAGGAUCUGCGCAAGCACGGUGUUACCCUGUACUUCCUUAUUGAUAAGGAUCGAAAACCUGUCCAUGAUGUGCCAGCUGUGUAUUUUGUUCAGCCUAGUCAUUCCAAUAUCCAGAGAAUUGUAGCUGAUGCCUCACGUUCGCUCUAUGAUAGUUUCCAUCUGAAUUUCUCUUCGUCUAUACCAAGGCCGCUUUUGGAGGACCUUGCCUCUGGGACUUUGAAUUCCGAUUCAAUUCAUAGGAUUUCGAAGGUUCAUGAUCAGUAUUUGGAGUUUGUGACGCUGGAGGAUAAUUUGUUCUCGUUGUCCCAGGAGUCUACUUAUGUCCAAUUGAAUGACCCAUCUGCAGGGGAUAAAGAGAUUGAGGAUAUUAUUGAGAGGGUUGUUAGUGGAUUAUUUUGCGUUUUGGCUACACUUUCAGUGGUGCCAAUAAUAAGAUGCCCGCGUGGUGGACCAGCAGAGUUGGUUGCUUCAGCAUUGGAUCAGAAGUUGAGGGAUCAUUUGUUGUCAAAGAACAAUUUGUUUUCUGAAGGUGGGAGUUUUGUAAGCUCGUUUCAGCGUCCAAUUUUGUGUGUCUUUGAUCGGAAUUUUGAGUUAUCUGCUGGAUUACAACAUGAUUUUAGGUACCGCCCACUUGUACAUGAUAUUCUUGGAUUGAAACUUAACAGGUUGAGUGUGCCUGGAGAGAAAGGUGGAAUGAAAUCGUACGAGUUGGAUAGCUCAGACCCAUUUUGGAUGGCAAAUGGAUCGUUGGAAUUUCCUGAAGUUGCUGUUGAGAUUGAGACCCAAUUGAACAAAUAUAAGAAGGAUGUUGAUGAGGUGAAUCGAAGGACUGGUGGGACUGCAGGAACUGAGUUUGAUGGUACAGACUUGAUUGGGAACACAAAGCACUUGAUGAAUGCAGUGAACUCCCUGCCUGAGCUGACAGAUCGGAAGCAGGUUAUUGAUAAACACACAAACAUUGCAACGGUGCUCUUGGGUGAAAUAAAGGAGAGAUCUCUUGACUCUUAUGCUAAGAAGGAGAAUGACAUGAUGGUCAGAGGUAGCAUUGAUCGAAAUGAGUUGCUGAGUGUACUUAAGGGAAAAGGUACCAAGACAGAUAAGCUGCGGUUUGCUAUAAUGUAUAUUAUCUCUUCAGAAACCAUUAAUCCAUCAGAAGCAGAAGCAGUGGAAGCAGCACUAAGAGAAUCUGACAUUGAUACAAGUGCUUUUCAGUAUGUGAAGAAGAUCAAGUCAUUGAAUGUUUCAUUGGCAUCAGCAAAUUCUGCUAGUAGAAAUAACAUUGUUGAUUGGGCUGAGAAGAUUUACGGCCAGUCAAUUAGUGCUGUCACAGCUGGUGUGAAGAACCUAUUGUCUAGUGAUAGGCAGCUGGCAUUGACAAGGAUUGUGGAAGCUUUGAUGGAGGGGAAGCCAAACCCUGAAAUUGAUUCUUACCUUGUGUUUGAUCCUCGUGCCCCAAAGUCAAGCUCUGGCACUAGUAGCAGCCAUCUGAAAGGACCUUUUAAAGAAGCUAUUGUUUUCAUGAUCGGUGGUGGAAAUUACGUGGAGUAUGGCAGCUUGCAAGAGCUUGUACAGCGUCAGCAGCCUGUCAAGUAUGUUAUAUAUGGAACAACAGAAAUUUUAACUGGAUCGGAGUUUGUUGAGCAACUCGCUCUGUUGGGGCAGAAGAUGGGAUUGGGCAAUACAGUUGCUACCUCAUCAGCCACCAAUUAAUGCACCUUUUGGAUACAAUAUGCAGAGCCUGCUAUUCGCUUCAUCCGGUGCAUGAAGGAAGCAGCAUGAUCCAAUUGGAGAUGCCAUUUGAUCAAGCAAAUACAGAUUUGAAGCUGGUUAUCUGAACACCUGUGCACUUAGUUUGGCCGUGCACUUUUUUCUUGAUAUUAAGCCCACAUACUGGUUUUGAUCAGGACUUGAACCUUUGACUAUUCAGAAACACAUAUAUCUUUGUUCCAUUAUAGUGAGUAGGUAUUUUGACAAUGAAUAGCAUCUUUUUUUUUCUAUUUGGGUAAGUUUCUGCAGUUGGGGUGCUGUCAAUACCCUCUUUCUAUUCUCUUGGCUAUCGCCUUUAUUUCCCCAACUUGGCUGUAUUAAGAGUUUCAGUUGGAUUUCUUUUUACCCCAUAAUUUCAUCAGAUAUCAAUAAAUGAGUGUUAAUCAGAUUCAUUUGUA